GUCGUGUCCUCGUCGUUUGACUGGCGGCAUCUUCAAUAAACUCCGCGAUGGCGGCGGGACGAGGGGAGUUCUUUCGUAGUUUGUUGGAGGGUUUAGAGAGGAAACCUGCUCAACCGGCUCCAGGUGGAGAAAAACCGGGUCCUGGAAGAGGAAGACCGGGUCCUGGCCGAGAGCAGCCCGGUCCCGGUGGAGGAAAGACGGUCGACAAGAGGAGGAAGAGGCGGCCAAAGGCGGCCCGGAGCUCCGUUAGCAGCUGCCCAGAAAGAAGAAGACAGAAAAAUGAAGCAUAUUUCCCCAAAAUGAGAACUUUGUUAUCAGAGGAAAACUUAAUGGAAAGGUUGCCGUCUGAGAUCCUGAUCAAGAUUCUGUCGUAUCUGGACGCCUCCUCGCUGUUCUGCAUCAGCCACGUCAGCACGCUCUUCCACCAGCUCGCCAACGAUGAUGUCAUGUGGCAUAAGAUUUACAUGUCAGAGUUUGGGAGUCCAACGUGGAAGCCGAAGUCGGCGGACGACGCGGAGCCGCAGGGCGACGCGGUGGAGGGCGAGGACCGGUCGACGGGCCACUGGAGGAAGAUGUACUUCAGGAAGAUGGCUGGACAAGAGAUGAACAAGUGGAGGAGAGAGCUGAGAGAAAUCAGCCCGUACACGGGGCUGCCCAGGCAGACAGAGUGGGUCCUCAGGAACCUGAAUGUGAGCUGGGAGCUGACGGUGUGCGACUGUUGGGGACGGGAGAACACGCUGGAACAGAGCCGGGUGUACUUCUUCGAGUCCUCUGUGAUCGUCCGCUGGAGUGGAGGCAGCUUCCCUGAGUACCACAACAUCAGGAACAUCCAGCUGCACGGAGUCCGGAAGGAGACGCUGAAGAGCCCCGGUGUCAGGAAGCCCAGCUGGCGCUCUCUGAUUUUAAAGCUGGACAUGAAGUGUCAGCAUGGUCGGUUCCUCGGCAAAGACCGACUGAUGAAGCUGAUGCAUCUGUCACCGGGCUUCAUGGUGGGCAUCUGGAGGGGUCAGAGCGCUGUGGCCUUCAUCAUGGUCAGCCUGCACUUCCACAGGUUGGUGGAGAAGAGUCUGCUGGGGUCUCCCGUCUGCCCGUACUCGGAGCCUGUGGACCUUCCACGUGUGGAUAACUCGGACCCUGAGUUUGGUCUGCACGGCUACACUCUGCACUUUGUCCUGCACAACACUGGCACGGAGAUCAUGUCAGGACACUUCCGCCAGCUCUCCUGUUGCAGAGUUCAGAUCCAACGUGGACUGCUGGAGCUGAAGGUCAUCAACAGGACCAACUUGUCCCAGCACAGAUCGCUGUCUGGAAACGUCAAGAUGCCCUGGAAGAGCGAGGCCCUGGAGGGCUCAGUGGAGAGCUGCUGUAUCAUAACGCUGACUCUGCUGGACGAGUUCCAGAAACCCUUCUGGUGUCUCAGCUCACCCAUUCGCGUCAGAAACACGAAGAGGAAGCUGUCCUUCGACUACGGCGGCGAGCACUUUCUGAUGGAGUACCUGAGUGCAGAGGGUCAGGUGAAGAUGAAACUGGUCUGGCUAAAGGAGCAGAAACAAUUCUUCCUCAUCAGCCUCGCUGUCUACAUCCCUGUUUUCAAAGUCAACAAGCACUUCAGCAGAGAGUACUGAGGCUGAACUGGAUCGCUCACAGUUCUGGUUUAUGAUUUCUCCAGUUUUGAAGCAGUGACUUUUGAGUUUUUCCAGUGUUUAAAUCAGUUGUUUACAAAAUGUCCGACUUUGGAGAUUUUGUAAAUUUACUUCAAGCUUAUGCUGUUGAAUCUUCAUGUGUUAGUCUGAGGAGUUUGGACUGUUUUCAGUAAAAAAACAAAACAUAAAUUUUAGAAGAAAAGCUUCUGAAAAUUCUUUUUUAGUAUUUAUUUUGUUCAUAAUACAGAAAGUGUGCCACAGGUGUUUUUGUUUCUAUUACAUUUAUAGAAUAAAAGUAAGAAAAAAUCUGUAAUAUGCAAAUAUAUUAGUGACAGGAGACUAGAUCCUGAAAAAGCACUUGAUUUCAGUAUUUACUAAGUAUAUAUUAAUUUCAGUAAGUCCAUUUCAAACACAAACACAUGGGAGAAUUCCAUGUGACAAAUAAAAUGUUUUUUCGUAAAAGUUGAA